GGUAGACAGGAGGAAUGUUCGUGCGCACGUCUCUUCCACUUUAAGAAGGCGGAUUCACCCGUACACAGAGAGUGUUUAUUACGAGCCUUAAAGUGGCACAUGGAAACGAUACAGCAAAAUCCUAGUCACUAAAUAUGGCGAAACCCACUGCACUGCCAGCACAAUGAACAGCCGGGAAGUUUUUUCGCAUUUCGCGUUUUAUCACGGCGAAGAGUAGAUAAGUUCUUGUAUUUUGUGUACGCAUAUUUGAAGGUUGUAUCAACUAGUUUCACCAUAUGGUUCAUCUGCUCCCACACACGCGACUGUAAAUGCGGCAGCGCUCGCGACUCCUGUUUGAUCACACACUCACAGUUGGAUAUUAUCGGCUCUUCAAUAGGAACUCUUCACAGCUGAAGACAAUGCGUUAGCUUAGAGGACACAGACUGUGAUGGAAGAACUGUCAAGCCCUAACAGACGUCAGUAAGCGAGGAUAUUCAGUGAAUUAGACGUGAUGGCAGCGUCCAGUAACUCCAGUCUGUCAGGUUCCUCCUCUGUUUCCUCGGAUCCUGAAGAUUAUCAACCACCAAUAUGGAAGUCCUAUCUGUAUCAGCUACAGCAGGAAGCACCAAGACCAAAGAGAAUCACAUGUCCUCAGGAGAUGGGGAGCAGGCCCAAGCACUAUGGAAGAGAGUUCCAUGGUCUGAUUUCCAGAGAGCGUGCAGAUGAACUGCUUGCAGGGGCAGAGGGGGCUUACCUCAUCAGAGAGAGUCAAAGACAACCAGGAACAUACACGCUUGCCUUGAGAUUCGGAGGCCAGACACUGAACUACCGACUCUUUUAUGAUGGAAAGCACUUUGUUGGAGAGAAGCGUUUCGAGUCUGUGCAUGAUCUGGUUACAGACGGUCUCAUCACUCUCUAUAUUGAGACCAAGGCAGCAGAGUACAUCGCCAAGAUGACCACAAACCCCAUCUACCAGCACCUGGGGUACACUUCUCUCCUGAGGGACAGAUUCACUCACCGUCUCAGUCGAACCCAUUCUGAGCCCAAAAGGGUCACUUUCCAGCAGGAUGACAAGAUUUCCCCAUCACUGCUGAGCAGACGCACCACAAUCAAGGAUGGACAGGAGAAACACUGCAACUACGAAAAGAUCCACAACUUUAAGGUGCACACAUUUAGAGGGCCACACUGGUGUGAAUACUGUGCUAACUUCAUGUGGGGUCUUAUCGCCCAGGGCGUCCGUUGUGCAGACUGUGGACUGAACGUGCACAAGCAGUGCUCUAAAUUGGUGCCGAGCGACUGUCAGCCAGACUUGCGCCGGAUCAAGAAGGUCUUCAGCUGCGAUCUCACCACUCUGGUCAAAGCCCACAACACACCACGGCCAAUGGUUCUGGAUAUGUGUAUCAAAGAGAUCGAGCACAGAGGGUUAAAAUCAGAGGGUCUCUACAGAGUGUCUGGCUUCGCAGAACACAUAGAAGACGUCAGGCUGGCCUUUGAUAGAGAUGGUGAGAAGGCAGACAUCAGUGCCAAUUUAUACCCAGACAUCAACAUCAUUGCUGGAGCUCUGAAGCUUUACCUGCGGGACCUGCCCAUUCCAGUCAUCACAUAUGACGUUUACUCCAAAUUCAUACAAGCAGCCAAAAUAAUUGACCCUGACUCUAGACUGGAGGCAGUUCAUGAUGGUCUCCUUCAGCUUCCCCCUGCCCACUUUGAGACCCUGCGUUACCUGAUGACACACCUGAAGAGGGUCACCAUGUUUGAUAAAGACAAUUACAUGACCGCAGAGAACCUAGGAAUUGUUUUUGGACCAACGCUCAUGCAGCCGCCAGACCAGAACACGCUUGCCACUCUCAACGACAUGAGAUAUCAGAAACUGAUCGUUCAACUCCUGAUAGAGCACGAGGAUAUUUUGUUUUAAAUGACUAAAUAGAAGAAAUCUUAGUUUUGAAGACUUUAGACAUGAAACAAGUCACUUUGCUAAUAUAAUUUGUUGUAGCCGGACGCAAAUUUUAAAGAAAUUCAAAGAUAUUAAAUCAGAUUUUACAUUAAAAUAUCUUUCUCCACCACCAGUAAUGGUAUAUUUUUUUACCAAAUGUAAAAGUAGUAACAUUCUGCAUUCAGCAUUCCUGCUCAUUCCUACAGAAUGAAUUAUAAACAGAAAAAUGAUGGGCAUUUUGUUUGAUCAAAUGAUUUUGACUAUAGUAAUGCCAAAUAAGUGUGAUGCAUUGACUUUGGUGCUCUACAUGAUCCAUAGCUCUAGGGUUAUAAGCAUUUGUUUGCAUUGUGAAACUGACAUAUUGUCAAUUCUAAAAAGUAUAAAGUAUUUUUAGGGUCAUGAGGUUGGUCAAAUGUAUAGUGUGUUAUAAUGGCCAGACAAUUGAGAUCCUAUGUAAAGCACUUUUUAAUUAUCAUUUUACAAAGAGUGUAAAUAGUUGUUUCAUAUUUCUUGUUCAAUCAGAGUUGAUAACGCUGUAUUUAGAGUAAUCCAUUGCUCCUUUAAAUAAUUUUUUGUUCACCGUGAAUACAAUGGAGUUGUCUACGUCAUCAAUCUGUAACUUUUCAAAAUGUUUUUUUCAGCAUUUAUUUACUGCUUGUUUUCCCUCCUUGGACUUUAAACUCUCCUCCCAUUUAAAGAAUGACACUCUACAAAAUUGCUUGUAUUGUAUUCAUCUUACACAGUGACACUAGCUCCUGAGCCUACAGGCUAGAGGCAAGAUCAGUCAUUCAUCUACUAUGAGAAAAAAAGUACCAUUCCCUUGGUCUAAGUUUUUUCAAGCUGUAUAUUUGAUAUAAGAACUUUCUACAGAUUGGUUUUGUUAAAAUAUUUUCUGUGAAGAAUGUAAUUAUGAUUGUAAUUUAUGGAAUGCUGAUUUAUUAAAUUAUGUAAAUCUG